AUGGCAGACAACACUCGUAUGAAAGAGAUUUAUGCUGAGUUAAAAAAAAACGCUGACGCCAUCGACUUGGUUAGUACAUCAAUGACCUCGCAGAUUGAGCGAUUAGAAGUUGCUGGUCACGCUCAGAUGACGAGAAUGGAAGAGUUCCAGCAAGCGAAUGCAGCACAGUUCUCUCAGCUCAACACCACAUUGGCUCACUUGCUGCAACGGUUACAAACGUCUCCCCAUGGUGUUGCGAACUCAUCAGUUAAGGAGCCACAGAGGAAUGCGUUUCAGUUCACUGCCUUAGCGAAUAGGGUAGAUGGUUUAAGUGCUGAAGCCAUUUUGGAUUGUUUCAUUAGUGGCCUUAACAAUGAGAUUAGUCGGGAUGUGAAGGCAAUGGAACCUAGAACCCUUACUAAAGCAGUAGCUUGA